AUGGCGAUGGAGAUCACACAGUACCUACUCGCUGCUCAAUCACCCGACGCGAGAGUCCGUACCGAAGCGGAGAAUAGUCUCAAGCAAUUCCAAGAACAGAACUUGCCUCAGUUUCUGUUAUCCCUCUCCGUCGAGCUCGCCAACAACGAGAAGCCUUCCGAGUCCCGUAGACUAGCUGGUAUCUUGCUGAAGAACUCUCUAGACGCGAAAGACUCGGGGAGGAAAGAGCUUCUUGUGAAACAGUGGUUUGCGAUUGACUUAGCUCUUAAGGCUCAGAUCAAGGAGCUGUUGUUAAGGACCAUUGGCUCUUCUGUCUCUGAAGCGAGGCAGACUUCGGCUCAGGUGAUUGCUAAGGUGGCUUCCAUUGAAGUUCCGCAGAAGCAGUGGCCUGAGCUUGUGGGAUCGUUGCUUAAUAAUAUGACGCAGCAGGAUAGUCCUGCUCAUUUGAAGCAGGCGACUUUGGAGACUUUGGGGUAUGUCUGUGAGGAGAUUUCGCAUCAUGAUUUGGUGCAGGAUGAGGUGAACUCUGUGCUCACAGCGGUUGUGCAGGGGAUGAACCAGUCUGAGAAUAAUGCGGAAGUUCGUCUCGCGGCGACGAAGGCGUUGUUGAAUGCGUUGGAUUUUUCGCAGACGAAUUUCGAGAAUGAGAUGGAGAGGAAUUAUAUCAUGAAGAUGGUGUGUGAGACGGCUUGUGCUCAUGAGGCUGUGAUCAGGCAAGCUGCUUUUGAGUGUCUUGUUUCCAUUGCGUCAACGUACUAUGAGGUUUUGGAGCAGUACAUGCAAACGCUCUUUGAGCUAACGGCAAAGGCUGUGAAGGAAGAUGAAGAGAGCGUUGCUUUGCAAGCGGUUGAGUUCUGGAGUACUAUCUGCGAUGAGGAGAUUGACCGUCAGGAGUAUGACAGUCCUGAUACUGGUGACUCGUCUCCUCCUCAUUCAGGUUUCAUUGAGAAGGCUCUUCCACAUAUAGUUCCCAUGUUGCUAGAAACCUUGGAGAAGCAAGACGAGGAUCAGGAUCAUGAAGAUGAUGUCUGGAACAUUUCUAUGGCUGGUGGAACAUGCCUUGGCCUUGUUGCUAGAACGGUUGGUGAUGGUAUAGUCCCGCUGGUGAUGCCUUUUGUUGAAAUCAACAUAAGGAAGCCAAACUGGCGAAGCAGGGAGGCAGCAACUUAUGCUUUUGGAUCAAUUCUGGAGGGUCCAACAAUUGAUAAGCUUGCCCCGAUGGUUGCUGCCGGUUUGGAAUUUCUCCUUACUGCAACCAAGGAUGAGAAUAACCACGUCAGGGACACAACUGCUUGGACUCUGAGCCGUAUCUUUGAGUUUUUGCACACCCCAGACAGUGGCUUCUCUGUUAUAUCACCCCAAAACCUCCCUAGAAUAGUGGUUGUACUUUUGGAAUCGAUGAAAGAUGUGCCAAAUGUGGCUGAGAAGGUCUGUGGAGCGAUAUACAACCUUGCCCAAGGAUAUGAAGACGCUGGAGCAAGUUCAUCUCUUCUCUCUCCCUAUCUUACAGAAAUCAUCCAACAUCUGCUUGCAGCUGCUGAGCGUACAGAUGGGGCAGAGUCUAAGCUAAGAUCUGCUUCAUAUGAAACCUUGAACGAGGUUGUCCGGUGUUCCAACCUUAUUGAGGCCGCAGGCAUCAUAGGGCAGCUCCUCCCUGUCAUCAUGGCGAAAUUGGGUCAGACAAUGGACCUCCAAGUAGUAACUACUGAGGACCGUGAGAAGCAAGCGGAACUCCAGGCUUCUCUGUGUGGUGUUCUCCAGGUCAUAAUCCAGAAGCUGAGUAGCAAGGAUGAGACGAAACCCAUCAUAAUGCAGAACGCAGAUCAGAUCAUGAUGCUAUUUCUCAGAGUGUUUGGAUGCCACAGUUCAAGCGUCCAUGAAGAAGCAAUGCUUGCAAUCGGUGCUCUUGCGUAUGCGACUGGUGCUGAGUUUGCAAAAUACAUGCCUGAGCUCUUUAAAUAUCUCCAGACGGGGCUGCAGAAUUUCGAGGAGUACCAAGUCUGCUCGAUCACAGUAGGAGUGGUUGGUGACAUUUGCCGUGCACUGGAUGAGAAAAUCCUACCGUUCUGUGAUCAGAUCAUGUCUCUCCUAAUCCAGAACCUUCAGAGCGAAGCACUCCACAGGUCGGUUAAACCUCCAAUAUUCUCAUGUUUUGGAGACAUUGCUCUGGCGAUUGGUGGGCAGUUUGAGAGGUAUGUAGCUACAGCUCUUCAGAUCAUGCAAGGGGCUGCUCAGGUUUGUGCUCAGAUGGACACUCUUGACGAAGAGCUUAUGGAUUAUGGAAACCAACUCAGGAGAAGCAUCUUUGAGGCUUACUCUGGGAUACUACAAGGGUUCAAGGACGCCAAGGCUGACCUCAUGGUGCCCUACGCUCAACAUCUCCUGCAGUUUGUUGAACUUGUUUCCAAAGAUUCCCUCAGGGAUGAGAGUGUGACGAAAGCAGCUGUUGCAGCAAUGGGUGAUCUUGCGGAUGUUGUAGGAGAGAAGACGAAGCCAUUGUUCAGCAACUUCACCUUCUGUGGUGAGUUCCUCAGUGAAUGUCUCGACUCAGAAGAUGAAGACCUCAAGGACACUGCACGCUGGGCUCAAGGGAUGAUCGCAAGGCUUAUGGUCACAUCGUAA